AUGGAAGAAAAGCAAACGAAAAAGGUACUUACCGACCAGGAACGGCUCGAUUUAGCAGCCCAGCUAGAUGAAGACCUCGAUGUGUUCAUCAACUCACUCGAGAAACGACGCUACACCGAAGGAUGGCCCGAAGAUCGCUGGGAAGAAGAGAUGGCAAAGCAUCCGUUUUUCAUGAAAAAAUCCCCCGAGCCGGGCGAACAGCUUAGCCCGCUUAUGGAAGGCCUGCAGCAACUGAAGUACGAUCCACAAGAAAACACAGAACAGGAGCUUGCCGAUACAUACAAAGAGGACGGACGGUUCUACAUGCAGCAUCGCAAGUUCCGAAUGGCUGUGCUAAGUUACACCGAAGCACUCCGGUACAAGGUCGGUGAUGCCUCGUACAAAGCGGUUCUGUAUAAUAAUCGUAGCGCAGCAAACUACUUACUCCAAAACUAUCGCUCUUCUCUGCAAGAUGCACAGAAAGCGUUGGAGUUGAAUCCCGACUACGAUAAGUCUCGGUGGCGUGCAGCUCAAUGUGCUGCAGCACUCGAUCGUUUCGAUUUGUGCGUUGAACUGUGCGACACAAUACUGCAGCGAGAUUCCACGAACAGUGGCGCGAUCGAACUGCGAAAAUCUUGUCUUGGACGGAAAGUGGCAAAACUUCGUGACAGCCGGAAGGAAGCUCGCCAGCAGCGGGAAAAGGAACAGAAAUGGGACCGGCUCGUAGCUGAGUUGGAGAAACGGAUGGUAAAGUUCGAGGAACGGGAAGCACUGGAGGAUGAGCGUCAGCUUCGGCCACGUUUGGCACCGUUGGAAGAUUUUAUGGUAUCGUGCAAUGAAAGGGGUGUCCUGUCCUGGCCGGUAGUGUUCUGCUAUCCAGAGUUUCUAACGACCGAUUUUCAGCAGCAACUUCUGGAAACGAUUACAAUGCAAGAUGUACUGGAGGAACUAUUCGAGGAACCACUCAUGUACGAAAAAGCAGUAUUGUACCUGGCAAACGAUGUAAACGUGUACUACGAAAAUAGGAUUCUUGGCCUUCCCUACAUGGUUGACAAGAAUAAAACGAUCCAGGAGAUUGUAGCGGAACGGACGUUCGUCGUGUACCAUGGAACGCUUACGUUUUACAUCGUGGCGAAAGGAUCCAAGCACGAGGAAGCGUUCGUUAAUCAAACAAGGACACCACUUACAAUAAAUUAUUGGUAA